UCGUUGAUUGGAGCUACCGAAACAACACCCUCGUGGGCGGUAAGCCGCGCAUGCCUUUAUGCUGGAGCCACUAACGACGUGCAGCUUGAUGGUGAGAAAGAAUAUACAUCAAGGCGCAAGGAAACUCGGUAUAUCGUCUCAUCGUUUUCACCACUUUUCGCUGCCUAGUAUCGUGUUACAUCCUCAGCUUCGACCGAUGUGGGUAUUAUCUUGCCAUGGACUACAUCCUAGGCAAAGCGACACGGUUUAGGAAGCGGCCGGCGCGUACCAAUAUUAGCGGGGCGGUGUUUAUCAAAUCGACCCGCUAUAUCGAGAACAUCCGCUCGCUGGUAACCCUAAAAAAGCACCCGCCGCUUUGCCUUUUGACCACAAUCAUGUCCGCCGCCUCGUCUGCGGCCGGAAAAUCCCAAGAAAUCCCUCCCGAUAUCUUCUACGAGGUUCUCCUCAAAUCCGGGGUGAAAGACCUCUCUUUUCUGUGGAUAAACUGCCGUCAGGUCUCGCGCAACUUUAAAGAUGCAGUCGAGCGCGUCUUUAUCACUAAACAUCUGAAAAAGACUUGGAUUCAUAUCGACCCAGGCAAGUGUUACUCAAGCGAACACGGCAAAGUCUUCCUGGCCUCCGAAUUCAAAUUCCCUCAUCUGGACCCUGCCGACCCCUCCCGCGCGAUAUUCAAAGACGAAGAAUGCCGCCGCCAUGAAGACUUCCACGCAGCGUUCACGCGCCGGAUGUUCAACGACGGACCCUCGCUCGAGCGACCAAGGGCGAUCGUUCAAGUCCGGCAUAGCGCGAAUGACACCAUGCUUCCGGGAUUCCAGUCCAAUUUUGAUCCAGACUUGGGAGUGUUUGAAGUUAGCUUUGAGUGGAAGGGGAUGUAUAGCCAUUUUUUUAGGGAGCAGAAGGAAGUGAGUAGGAGGAUGCGGGAUUGGGUAAGUGGUAUCCGUCGGUAGAGCAUAGAAUGAUUAACCCACUCGCCUCCCCUAGGUUGAGAGUGUCAAGGACG